AUGGCUACGCAGUUUCAUACCAAGACGAGAUACCUGAAUAUAUUUGAUGGCAACAAUGGAGUCUAUCAGCCCCUCCUUCAGGUUUACGAAUUCCUCGUCUUUGACAAGCUCAGAUGGGUCUUCUCCGAAGACAUGCUUGAUAGUGUUGACGAUAGUUUCCAGCUGGGAGGCCCCAACUUGCUCCAGCUUGUCGAGCAGAGUGCUGAAUUGGACAAGCUUUUUCUGAAAUUCGUUGCCAUCAGGUGA